UCCAAUCCAGUGAGACACGCAGCUCCAUCCCCAUCUCGACCUCGACCGAGAAGAAGAGGAAAGAAGCUGGGCAGCAGCAAUGGCGGGCGUCGGUCGCAACAUGGUGGCGCCGCUGCUGGUGCUGAACCUCAUCAUGUACAUCAUCGUCAUCGGGUUCGCGAGCUGGAACCUCAACCACUUCAUCAACGGCCUCACCAACCGCCCCGGCGUCGGCGGCAACGGCGCCACCUUCUACUUCCUCGUCUUCGCCAUCCUGGCCGGCGUCGUCGGCGCCGCGUCCAAGCUCGCCGGCGUGCACCACGUCCGCACCUGGCGCGGCGACAGCCUCGCCACCUCCGCGUCCUCUUCGCUGGUGGCCUGGGCCAUCACCGCAUUGGCGUUCGGGCUGGCGUGCAAGGAGAUCCACAUCGGCGGCUACCGCGGGUGGCGGCUCCGCGUGCUGGAGGCGUUCGUCAUCAUCCUCGCCUUCACGCAGCUGCUCUACGUGCUUGCUCUCCACUCCGGGCUCUUCGGGAACCAGUUCGGUGACCAUGCUGGCGGUGGUGGGUAUCCGGCGGAGCACGGCGGAUAUGGCGCCGGCGACCCGCACAACAAGGGCAUGGCCACCGGCGGCGUCGCCAGGGUCUAAUUUAGUUUGGCAACCAUGCUGGUGGUGGAUAUCCGGCGGAGCACGCGUAUGGCGCCG